AGUGGCUGGAGGUAGAUAAGGUUAUCGCUGAAAAUUUUGGCGGGGCGGAUGGCGGGUCACAUGCCAAGACUGCUACACUGCCUGAGAAUCCGGGCACAAACUCCGCUAGCUUGCCAUUGGCUGUCGGCGAAACGCAGGGAAGGUGCGCAUCACAGCUUCAUUGAAGCGGCCGAACCGACGUCCCGCUCAGCACUCACUCCAUCACACGGCCUGCGCUCACUUGAGAACGCUCGGUGCAGCCAACAACACGUCAUUAUGCCGACUCCCGAAUCCGAGGCCUUCCUGGCCAAGAAGCCCCAGGUCCCCCCCACAUUCGACGGUGUCGACUACGACGAUACGAAGCGUCUCAAGCAGGCCCAGGAUGCCAUCAUUCGCGAGCAAUGGGUGCAAGUCAUGAUGGGACGGCUGGUCCGGGAGGAGCUGAGCAAGUGCUACUACCGGGAAGGUGUCAACCACCUGGAGAAGUGCGGUCGGCUGAGAGAACGAUACCUCCAACUGCUCGGGACUGCCAAGGUCAAGGGCUACCUUUUCGAGCAGCAGAACUCCUUCUCGAAGGAUGGUGCGCCGCAGCAAUAAACAAUCACGCUGCUGGGGUGCGUGAAUGAGUGUUUUGGACUGGACGCAGGUUCAUGGAGGGGAAAUGCGUCCUGGGGCUGCGUGGGCUAGUGGAAGGCCAUGGGGAAGUUUGGACCUAGCCAGUUCAGAAUCCCAACAUUAGGGAUUCAAUUGAUUGUACAUACAGGCAAUUGAAACGCAUAAAACACCAAGAAA